CGCCGCAGCUCCAUGUGUGUUGAGAAGCGCACUAUUUGGCAACAGAGGCGGUAGCGGGGAGGGCAGAAAAGAUACAGGGUAUACCCUGAAUUUUAAAAAAAAUACAUCGAAUAAUUGCAGCAAUUGUCACCCUAAAUACCUUGGACGAAGCGCAGUCGACGGAUCGCUGUCGAAUCGACCGAGGGGAUGUCUGAGGAGGCUGUUCGCCGGACGCGCAGUCAGAAGAGGGCGCUAGUGAGAGAAGUCCCUCCCACUGAGUCUGACCGCAAGAAGCCCAAACUAGACCGGGCAGAGACUGGAGCUCCAGACCAGGAUGAUGAGAGCUCAACUAAACCGAAACCACAACCCGAAACCACAAAAGAUGACCUAGACCAAUUUAAACAUGUGGUCAUGCCUGAGAAGGCACCAGAACUACCCAAGUUAAAAUUAUCGCUAGUGUUACCAUCCCAACCAGCAAAGGAGCCAGAGCGGGACUGGGCCCCGAAACGGUCAGAUCCAAGCUUAAACAACCGGACUGAGAGGAAUGACCACAGCGGGCGGAACAGGAUCGUGAAGUCGGAACCGAUGGUGGCUAGUGGUAUGAUCACUGCAACGGAGGUGAAGGCUACCAUUAAAGUUGAGGUCCAGACAAGAGAGCAGGCGCUGGACAUGAGCACCUCUAGAGGUCUACACACAAAAUCCCAUGAAGAGAAAGUGAAAACAGCACUUUAAAGAGGGAGAAGUGUUCCCUGUCCCCAGACGAUGAUGUCAUUGUCCUGUCGGAUAAUGACUCCUGCAGUCCGCCAAUGAACAGCUUGAACCACCUCAAGGAGCUGAACACAGACCUACUUAUGAAGACCAGUCCAGAGGACAGGGAUCGCAUCAUAAAGCAGUUGAAAGAGGAGCUGAGGCAGGAGGAGGCCAAGCUGGUGCUGCUGAAGAAACUACGACAGAGCCAGAUACAGAAGGACACACUGCAGAAGCCCUCAGUAUUGUCAGGUUCUGCAGCUCCUCCAUCUCUGAUCCGGGGAUCCAUUACAGCCAGCAAAGGCUCCCAGCAGGUGGGGUCAAGUAGGAGUUCAGGCACAGUCAUUCCUCCUCCUCUGGUGAGGGGCGGGCAGCAAAUCUCUUCCAAGCAUGGCUCCCACAACUCCCAGAUCAUCAUGCCACCCUUAGUUAGAGGGGCACAGCCAAUUGCUGUGUCUCCUCAGCAGAUCCAGUCUCUCCGGCAGCAGCAACAGCAACAACUGUCAGGGUCUGGCUCUGGAGGCUCUGGCCCCCCUCCCCUGCUGCUGGCCUCCAGGGCCAACGUACCCGGCACCCAGGCCCAGAGAGGCCUCAUCAGGGUGGGAAACAAUACCAGCCUGCUGGUCAACAUCUCACAGGCCUCCGCAACUAACAUGAAGGUUCCUUCUCUGACCACCCAGUCUGGAAACAGCAGUGUGUCUGUGGUCAACGUGAACGACUCUCCUGCUGCCUGUCAGGCCGCAGCUAAGCAAGCCCUGCGUAAGCAGCUGGAGAAGACGCUUCUGGAGAUCCCUCCUCCCAAACUUCCCACCCCAGAGCUAAACUUCCUUCCCUCGGCAGCCAACAACGAGUUCAUCUACCUGGUGGGCCUGGAGGAUGUGGUGCAGAACCUGCUGGACUCCAUGAUUAGAGCUAAAACAGGGAAGCCCCCGGUCAAGCCCUCCAUCAAAGAGCCCUUCACCUGCACCCAGUGCAGCACCGAUUUUACCUGCCGUUGGAGGCAAGACAAGGCCAAGGGCGGGACCAUCCUCUGUGCGGAUUGCAUGUCCUCCAAUCAGAAGAAGGCCCUGAAGGCCGAGCACACCAAUAGGCUGAAGGCUGCGUUUGUCAAGGCCCUGCAGCAGGAACAGGAGAUAGAGCAGCAGAUCCUCCAGCAGGCUGCCGCCCCCGUCUCUCACACCCCCUCCUCCUCUUUCUCCUCCUCAUCCACCUCUCCGUCGGUGAAGGCGGAGCAUCUAGUGUCCCAGCAACUGAAACAGGCCCAGGCUAGGGCCUCCUCUCUGCAUCACCAUCACCAACAGCACAACAGAGGACAGAGCAUUGCAUGCCACCACUCAACCAACAUCAAACAGGGCCAGCUCUCCCGUGGCGGUGUCCCGUCUGUGGGGGUGAGGGGCGUGUCCCACUCUUUCUCCUCCUCUCAGCUGCAGAGUGCAGUGGCUGCUGCAGGCUUGGUCAGCCGGCCAGGUAAGCAUGCCCAUGUGCGCUCGGCUGCCCAGGGUUCAAAGUGCAGCUCCAGUGGCAGCUCCAGUGGCAGCUCCAGUGGGAACAGCAGCAGUGGUAGCGCCCAAGCCACUGCAUGGAGGAAGCAGAACAACAUCAACACAGGUGUGACCAUGGCCUAUGUGAACCCCAGCCUGUCAGUCCAUAAGACCUCGUCCACAGUGGACGCCCGCCAGAGAGAGUACCUCCUGGACAUGAUCCCCUCGCGCUCCAUCUCCCAGACAGCUAACACGUGGAAAUAAUCAUCUCAUACUCAUUAGCAAUAACCUUUUACCAAUAGCUACUGUUGUCAACGCAAACAAUGCAAUUUACAGUUAAGGAAACGCAGUCUUCAAACUUUUGAGGAGAAGCAUUCUCCUUUCUUUCUUUUUUUGCAGAGUGUUUUUGUUUACUUCAAACUUUUGAGGAGAAGCAUUCUCCUUUCUUUCUUUUUUUGCAGUGUUUUUGUUUCUCUUAUGUUAUUUUUCACGUCUGUUUGUUCUGAAGUUCACCGAUGUUUGGUCAGUGUGCAUAAACAGCGAUUUACUCCGAAGGACAGAAAUACACGUGUCUGAAGGGCUUCCUUCCAUAUGUUCGUCAGCCAUGAUGUCUGCGAGUUCAUGAUGCUUUGAGAAUGCUGUGGUUCUCUCAAGAACUCAUGAGACGGCGUUCUGCCAACUGUGUUUGAUAUCCGACCAUGAAAACGAUGUAUGGAGCUUUACCUAUUGGACAGAACAAUGAGCUGAUUGCCCUUUUGUCAUCACAGACUCAGCAAUGGGAUGCAGACAAACUGUCGAGGUGUGUUCAAGAUUAAAUGACUGACUAGUUGAACUGUUUGCCUUAUAUUCAAGAGUACCCCCCAAAAAAUAUAAAAGACAAAAAAUAUGAUCAAUAAACAUCUUCUUUAACUGAAAAGUUAGCUUUUUACAACCACAUCUCUAUUUUUGAUGUAAAUUGCAUGUUAUACAAGGGUCCACACACUUUCUGCGAUUUCCCUUAAAAAAAAAUUGUACUUACCUGAACCAACAAUUCACUUCAUCAUGUUCAUUGUCCAGUACGGGGGCUCUGAAAAAACAUGAACAAAUGCUCCAAAAACACCUAAAUACAGAAACGCUCAGUAUAGUGACGCAGGUCUUUGGAUGUUGUACACAUGCAAUUGUGUCAUUCCAAACUUCAUCCGCAACGUUAUAUUCCAUUUUGUACAACAUCUAAAGACCUGCAUCACAAUAGAGCAUUUCCGUCUCUAAAAGGGUGUUUUUGGUGCAUUUGUUCAUGUCUUUUCAGAGCCCCCCGUAUGGCACAACGAGGGUGAAUGGCCGUUUGGGGUAAGUUUCUCAAAAACAAGUGAAACUGGGGAAAAAGUGUCUAGACCUUUCGAAAACAUGCUAUUUGCUUAUAGAAAAGGAAAAUGAUCUUUUAAAAGAAACUGAGCAGUGAUGUUUUCAGUGUAUAAACUCAAACGGUUGACUUAGAUUUGUUGGGGUAUUUACAGUAAGUUAUUGGUUAUUUUUUAGGACUGAUGUAUAAAUGAACAAUUCCUGUUUUGGUGUUAUGGUUUUAAAAACUGAACAAUUAAUACUAGCCUCAUAUACAUGUAUGUUAUUCAGCUAUUUACAGUUUGACAGAGCCUCUCCUUUCAUAUGUUUCACAUACGCAGAACAAGUAGAGAUGAUCUCUUUAUUAUAUUGUCUGUAGCCUCUGCUUUGGUUUUACAUCAUUUAAAUUCCCGAGUUGCCCCUUCAUAUGUGUAAUAACAUGUCUGUAAAGAGAACUAGUGGCAUAAUAAAGACUGUCUGAAUUACAUGCAAACAAAGUUUCAGUGGAAGACAAUACUCUAGACUCACAGGAGUCAUAUCCCAGAUCAUUUUACAAAAUGAUCUCAUCUGGUGAUAAGAAAAAAAGUUAACAUUGCAGGUAUUGUCACCUGCUCAGGUACAUUUCAGGUUUUUGGAUUCCAUGUCAUGAAGCUUGGUUAGGUACAGUAACUUUUUGGUGAAGUUUGAGGAUGUACAAAAGACUGAGGAGAGAAUAAACAUGUCUUAUAUUGAAAUCACUCAUUGAUUGUGUAUGCUUGGCAUCAGGACCAAUAACUUGUAUCCCAGACAGGCCUGUGGUGAGGUAAUUGGGUUUACUACAGUGCUCCUGUAGGCUCCUUUUACUUCCUCAACUACAGUCUCAUACUCGCUUUUCAGUUUUGUUCUCUUCUACUGUAAUUAUCUUCUGUAAAAGUUCCAUAGGCCUGCUAUUUGGUUUAUAAAUGAAUUAACAUCUGUGUUUGGGUUUCUGUCUACUGCUGUCAAAAUUGUUAAGGAAAUAAUUUCAGUGCUAGUUCAGAUGCCAUCGCUGAGAAAUAUGAAAAACGUGACACCUAGCGCAAGAACUGAAGUUGGACCACAGAACCACUACACAACACUGACCGCCAGCAACCACCCUGUUUCUUAGGGCAGAUUGGGCUCUUCACUGUCAAGCGUAACCCUCCCACCCAUUCAUGUUUCCCAGCUCCAAGAAGUACCAAUAAACAUACGAAGUCAUUUGAACCCUU